AUUCAACUUCUUUCUUUAUUAUACCAAUACAGUUUUGCAAAACUAUCUUGUACAACACUUUUACACAACUUACAACCUAUUACAAUGACUCGUCAAAUCUUUAACAUUGCUUCCUUCAAGACUGCUUCUAGAUGUUGGUUACCAGCCAAUGUCAAGCCACACACUCUUCGUCAUUUUUCAUCUAGACAAAGAUGUGUGAACUUUAACAACUUGAACGAAAGUAGAGUUGUUGCAAACGAUAACAUAUUAACUCAUCAACAAGAAGAGAGUUCUUCUGCUGAUUUCGAAACAUUUGAACCUACUGUAUUUUCUUCUGAGGAAAUCCACACAGCAGGUCCUGUCAACAAGGCUUAAAAACUAUAUAUAUAGAGGUCUGGUACCUAUUUAUUGCAUGAAUAUAUGAUUUAACGAUUAAAA